AAGGUUAAUUAAAAAAUUAUGUAAACCCUUCGUUGCGGACUUGCGGUACCGAGUCGGUCAAAAGCAAGCAUUUGUCACGAUCGCUGCAGGCGAGUGCGCUAGUGUGAUCUGCUCGUAUUUAAGUACACCACUGAUUACUGAUUACAGCUAAUUUCUCCGAGUGUACGGAGGCCACCUAUUUGGAAGAAUUUAUAAUAGACGAGGUCGUUUGAAUAAUUCCGCGCCGUUGUUCUGUCAUUUCCCAGCAAUUUCCGUUGGACGUGUUCGUUUCAAUUUCAUAAACCCGUAGUCCAAGCCUUCCCCUACUGUUCCAUUCCCUUCUCCUUUGUUUACUACUCAUUCCUCACUCCUGCUGACUUCAUUAGCUUCUUUUCCCAUCCUCAUCACUUCAUUCCACAACUGAUUGGAGCGCCAAUUCUUCACCUGGGUUUCUGGUUGUUGAACUUGUGUGUAUGUUUUUCGCGGAUCUUCCCAAAAAUCUGUACUUUUUUUCAUGGGGUUUAGAUGAUAGUGACGAUGAAGCGGUUUGGGUCUGUCAUGUUUUAGUGUGAUCUUAACUUGAUCCUCCAUGGCUUCGCUUCUAAGAAAAUUGCGGCCUGCUGCGUCAUCGUCGAUUCACGAUGAUGGCAACGAGUUUAGCUAUGAGUACUCGUUUGCAACAGAGUACAAGGGCCCUCCUCUCAAUUUCUCCAUCCCUCAAGUAACCCCUUUUAAAAUUGAGCAAAUCCCAGUUGCUUCCUUAGCUUCUUCUUCAGUUGAUCAACUUUCCGUGCCAGUUAUUCAACCUAUUGUGAAAUCUAACAAAAAGCUGAAACUUAAUGGAGAUGUUCUUGUUUCUUCAGAUUCAAAUUCUCCUGCUAUUGAAUUUGCUAUCUCUGGCUCUGCUGAGUCAACGAAGACUGGCUCUUUGCGAGUUAGGGUGGAUACAGUAGAUAGGAUAGAUAAGUCAAGCUCGUUAAACAGAAUUUAUGAUGCUUGUAAGUGUAGCACAGAAAAUAUAUCACAGAAACUUCAGACUUCUGGGUCUUUUGGAGUUUCUGGCAGGGGUGAAAUUGUUAGCGAGUCUCUUGAAAGUGAAUUGAACCCCACAAAUUCAGAUACUGCAGAGUCAGGCUCAAGCUCGCGCUCAGCUUCUUCCGGCAUUUUUUCAUGCAGAGAAGAUGACCGUAACAAUAACGCACCGGUACAUGUCAAUCGGCCUUCAGUUGUGACUUUUCUUAGUUCAGAAGAGUCACUUGAGAUGGCAGUUAACGAGAACUUUAGGGGUUCUGAGGUUGCGAGCAUCCCUGUGAGGCCACAUGCUGAGAGAACAGGGAAGAAAGGCACGUGCUAUAGAUGCAAAAGAGGAAAUCGGUUCACUGAAAAGGAGAUUUGCAUUGUGUGUCGUGCCAAAUAUUGCCGAUCCUGUGUUAUAAGAGUCAUGGGGUCUAUGCCUGAAGGAAGGAAAUGUAUCACUUGUAUUGGUUUCAGAAUUGAUGAAAAUAUGAGGAUUACCCAGGGAAAGUGUUCUCGUAUGCUCAAACGCAUGUUGUCUGAGGUGCAAGUAAAACAGAUAAUGCAAGCUGAAUUGAAUUGUGAAACUAAUCAAAUGCCCCCAGAACUUUUUUUUGUGAAUGAGGAUCCUCUUGACCGAAGCCAGCUAAAGCUGUUACUGAGCUGUCACAAACCCCCAAAAAAGUUUAAACCAGGCUACUAUUGGUAUGAUAAAGCAUCUGGAUUUUGGGGAAAGGAUGGUCAUAGGCCUUGGCAAAUUAUUAGCCCGCAACUAGAUGUUGGAGGUCACCUGCAAAAACAUGCAAGCAAAGGAGACACAAAAGUGUCAAUAAAUGGCCGAGAAAUUACGAAACGCGAGCUCACGAUGCUGAAGCUAGCAGGAAUCCCAUGUGAAGGAACACCUAACUUUUGGGUUGGUGAAGAUGGCUCCUACCUGGAAGAGGGGCAGAGGAAUGUCAAAGGGCGUAUAUGGGAUAAGACAAUAGUGAGGAUAGCUUGUGUCUUUCUGCGUCUGCCAGUUCCUUCCAACCCCAUAGCUCCCAGUGGUGAAAGCGAAGGAGGAGAUAAUAGAAUCAAAGAUAACCUUGUACAGAAAAACCUUUACAAAUUUCUUCUCGUUGGUUCUAUCAAAUCUGGAACAAGUACUAUAGUUAAACAGGCCAAGCGUCUGUACAACAUUCCUUUCUCUGAAGAAGAGCGCCAAAAUAUCAAGUUGGUGAUCCAAAGUAACUUGUAUACAUACCUUGGUAUAUUGCUGGAGGGGCGUGAGACUUUUGAAGAGAGCUUGUUGGAGAAGAGGAACGGACAGAUUGCUGACGAAUCCACUUCAGCUGGGAACACAGGCGAAACUACUUAUACAACAAUCUAUUCCAUUAGCCAAAGACUGAAAGCUUUCUCAGAUUGGCUUAUCAAAUAUAUGGUUUCGGGCAACUUGGAUGUGAUAUUUCCUGCCGCUACUCGUGAAUAUGCGCCUCUUAUAGAAGAGCUAUGGAGGGAUGCAGCCAUUCAAGCAACAUACAACCGGAGAAAUGAACUAGCUAUGCUACCUAGAGGUGCAAGUUAUUUUCUGGACCGGGCUGUUGAGAUUUCCAAGGUAGACUAUGAACCCACCGACAUGGAUAUCAUGUAUGCUGAAGGGAUAGCAUUAUCUAACAGUCUCACUAUGGUGGAAUUUUCAUUUCCCAAGACAAGUUCUGAGGAAUCCUUGGACCCUGAGUAUCAGCAUGACCCUUCUCUCAGGUACCAACUCAUCAGAGUACAUCCAAGAGGCCUUGGAGAAAAUUGCAAGUGGCUGGAGAUGUUUGAAGACAUGGAUGUUGUCUUGUUCUGUGUCGCCUUAACUGAUUAUGAUGAGUAUACUGUAGACAGGAAUGGAGUUUCUACCAACAAAAUGAUGGCAGCCAAGCAACUAUUUGAAAACAUAAUCACUUAUCCUUCCUUCACUAACAAGAAAUUCCUUUUGAUUCUGAACAAAUUUGAUCUGCUUGAGGAAAAGAUUGAACAAAUACCUCUAACUCGAUGCGAAUGGUUUUAUGACUUCAAUCCAGUGAUCAGCAAGAAUCAGAACCGAGACAAUAAUUAUACUAAUAACCCUCCAUUACCUCAGCGAGCCUUUCAAUUCAUUGCCACCAAGUUUAAGAGGCUUUUCCAUUCUCAUACAAACAGAAAGCUGUUUGUUUCAUUGGUCACCGGGUUGGAACCCGAUACUGUUGAUGAUGCUCUCAGGUAUGCAAGAGAAGUUUUGUUAUCGGAAAAAUGGGAUCCUUAUAUCACAGGUGAGAAGUUUGAGAACACUUCAACAUCUUUUGAUGAGAUUGAGACAACCUCUUGAGGGUUCCUCCAAUUCGUCAAGUCUGUAUAGGGAUGAGUAAAAGAAGAAUCAAGAAAAAGAUUCAGAAAGUUCUGACCUGCUGUCAUGGUGCUACAAAAUUCUUUGUACAUAUCAAGCCAUAAAAGAUGCAGAACAUAAAUAAGAUCGUCUCUGAAUUUGAUAUGAGGGGACAAAAGAUUUUUUUUAUAAUUUUAUUCUCUCUAUUCUCACAAGAUAAACUGCAACAAAUAUCCAUAGAGAAGUGAACCCCCCCCCCUUUUUUAAAAACCUUUUUCUAUUAUUUUUCAGUCGUUGUCUGAUGAAAUUGGUAUUUUUUUUUGUUUUUUUUGAAAAAUAUCUCGAUGAGAAAAUCCUGUACCACAAAGUAACAAUUUCCAAACUUCUUUGAGUCGA